AUGUGUGAUGCUCAACAUGAGGGAGUAACAGCCUUGAAUCUUGGGGAGAUGGGUCUCAAGGGAACUUUGCCCUCAAAAAUUGGGAAUUUGUCUUUUUUGGUUGAACUUGACCUUCAUAGUAAUAACCUUUAUGGUGACUUGCCGAAAGGGUUGAUCCAAUUACAGAAGCUACAAAUUCUCAACUUGAGCUACAAUGAAUUUAAUGGAGAAAUUCCAACUUGGAUUGGAAGCUUAUUUAUGCUUCAACACUUCUAUCUUCGUAAUAAUAGUUUUGGAGGUGUUAUUCCUAAAAGCAUAUCCAAUUUGUCAAAGUUAGAGAUUUUGAACUGGGAUGAUAACUUUAUUGAAGGAUUCAUUCCAUUUGAAAUUGGAAAACUUCAAUGUUUGAAGUUUUUACGGAUUGCGAUAAACAAGCUUUCAGGAAUAAUACCUCCAAUUAUUUCUAACUUAUCUUCACUUGAGUUUUUGUCUUUGUCUUUCAACUCCUUAACAGAUGUAUCCUUCCCCAUUCAAGUUAACUUCACCUGA